AUGCCCACUCCUUAUUAUGCACUUCCACGGCGACCACGGUUCUUCCGUACAGAGGUCUUUUUUGGUAGAGAAGCCACGGGAGGAUAUGAGUAUUCGUGGACAGAACGAUGGUGGAUCUACACAGAAAUUAGCUACAGGUCUUUUGUGCGGAUGUGCAACCGUUCCUUGAUGGAGCGUCACCCAAAUACAGAUUUAAGACAAUUCAGGUUGAUUCUCAAUGUGUCUUCGGAUACGUACGACAAGAUCACUCCAAGCAACAUUCGGGCAGUCAUGAGAGAUCUUCAAUCUAAUAGAGGGAGUCGCAUUAUAUUUCCUGCUUACAUCAAGCGACGCCAUUUAGUGGUAGAUUCAAAUAACGGAAGUGUCAGAAUGGAAGGACCCGUGUCCUAG